AUGUCAGAGAAGGACAAAAAGGGACAAUUAAAGAAAUUACAAAGGAAUUGUAAGAAGUUUGAAAAAGCACUUGGAGAAUGUAAAGUUGAAAGGUCACAUUCAAGUUCAAAUAUAAAAGGAUUAGAUAAAGUAGAACAUUAUUUAAAAAAAUUUAAUCAAUUAAUGCUAGAACAAAAUAAUAGUGAAAUAACAUUUUCAUGUGAAUUAAUAAAUGAAAUUAUUUCAUUAUGGGCAAGUAUUGUAGAAUAUCUUAUUAGAUUACCAAAAAAUAAUUUAAUGCCAGAACUCUUUAUUGUAAUUGUUAGGAUAAUGAAUAUUAAUCAAAUACAACCAUUAACAUUAGCUGAUUUUCCCGCUCCAGAUGAAGUACCACAACAAACAGAAAAGUUAUUAGAUGCAUAUUAUAAUGCAUUAGCAAAGACAGCACUUUAUUUAUUGUUAUCACUUAAUAUAUCUGAUGAAAUAACUCAAUAUGAAAAGAAAGAUAAAAAUACUUUUCAAUUUUCUACAACAAUAAAACCUCUUCCAGCAGAUUAUUAUGAAGAAGCAGCUAGAUUAUUUGUAUUAAUUUCAAUAAGAAUACCUGAUUUAUAUGAAGGGAUAUUAGAAACAUUAAAUUAUUUAAACGGAGGAAAAAUAGGAGAAAAAGGUGGAAUUAUAUUAACAGAAGAAUUAAAAGAAAAUUAUCCAUUAUUUAAGAAAUGGGAAAGUUAUUCAAAUUAUAUUUCAUCUAAAAGUUCUCAUGCAGAAAAAUUAAACAAUGCAAUUUCAUCAAUGGAUAAUAAAUGGCUUAUUCAUUUUGAAGCAAGAAGUGGUUUUGCUGUAGAAUAUAUUAGAUGUUGGGGAGAAUAUAUAAGAAAAGAAAUUAUAAGUAAUAUCAAAGAAUAUCCAGGAUAUUUAUUAUUUAGCAAUGAACUAAUGAAUAUUUUUGAAAUUCCAAGUGAAGAAUUAAUAACACCUAUUUAUAUUAUUGCAGAAGCAUAUGGGUCAUUUAGUUGUAUUGAUAUUGAAAUAUAUAAAAAAGUUAUUACAGAAAAAAUUAAAAAAACUAAUUUAUAUGAUAUUGAUGGAAUGGGUGAACUUUUGAUUAUUGAACAUUUCAUUUAUACAUACUUUGGACAUGAAGGUAUUAUUUUAGAUUGUUUUGAUUUUAGUUUAUUUGAAUCAAUUCAUUCUUGUAUUAUUGCUUCUGAUAGUUAUGCAUUAAUAUGUUUAACUAUUAGUAUGAUUUAUCAAGUCAUCCCUAUUCUUCCAUGUGAAUUAAGGAAGAAAGUAAUAUUCAAUUUUGUUUUAUCUCAUAAAUUAUUUAAUACAUUAUUCUGUCAUUGGAACCAUUACGUUAGAAUGUUUUUCCAAGAACUAUUGUUAUAUCGAUGCACUGUAUCUCCUUCAAGAAAUAGAAUUAAAAAACAUUCACUCCUCCCAAAAGAAAUGGAUAUUUACAAAAGAAUUUCAACAAAAGAAAUAGAUAUGAUUAAAGAAGACCAAAAAAUUAUUGAUAAAAUUGAUUCACGUAUUUCUUCUAUUAAAAAAGUCAAAGAAAAAGGAUUUGAAAAUGAUGAAGAUAAGAAAAAAUCAAUUUAUAUUGUUCCAUCACUUCAAGAUUAUGAAAUAGAAAAGAGUGAUUAUAAACAAUGGGAACAAACUAAUUCUGAUGAGCCAUUAUAUCAAAUAUUAGAAAUGACUCGUUUAAACAAAUUAGAUCAAAAUACUAUUUAA